AUGGGGGAUAAGAAUAGCCUUUGGAACCCUGCGUUCAUGGCUUCUCAGCAGGGAGCGUCGAGUUCGAAUCAGAACCAGAACUUUUCUCAGACGCAGGCAAAUACCCAGAAUCAGGGCCCAGAGAUUGCGCCUGAUGGGCCAGCUGGGAGUAGCUCCAAUGCAGGCGGGAAUAUAUAUGCAGGGCAGCAACAAGGCGGAAAUGCGGCUGGUGGUUUCCAAAUGCAGUCGCCACGUCAAUCGAUAUUCAAAAACCCAUGGCAAGAGAUUCCCCAGAUACCUGAGUCUCAGAGGUCUACUAUGAGGAAGCAAUCCAACUUCCCCUUGCCCACUACUUACGAAGAAGAUAACGCUGUAGAUGAAUCCUCACAACAGUUCAGAAGGAGAAACUCAUCUUUAGUAAUACCACCUGCGCGUGCGGCAGGGCCUGAUCCGUUCCUUUAUGAGAAGCAACCGUUUCCCAACUAUAAUGAUGCACAAAGAAGGCAGUCGGUUGCUGUCACUGGUGGCAGUCAACUUUCGCCACAGCAGGUAACGAAACCAUCUCAGCUUAGGAAACCUGGAAUUAAUACUGCGGGAUAUAUGGCUGGCUCCAUAAAUUCUUCUGUGUAUCCCGCUACUGCAGGUGCAUACAUGAGCACGCGUGGCGGCUCAAGUUCACUUCCGUCGUCAAGGCCACCUUCUCCAAUAAUUAUUGUCCCUAAAUUCAACAAGAUAUUUACGAGACAGGACUUGAAUCCCGUUAUACAUUCCACACCGAAAUAUAGACGUGCUUCAUUAAGCAGCAAGACGGUCUCGCCGUUGAUGGCUCUAACUAAGUCGUUAACUACCACUUAUUCAUUGUGUAAUGACGAUUUUGCAUAUCAGACAUCAAAGAACCCGAAAAGAGUGCUAACAAAACCAAAUGAGGGGAAAUAUAACAAUGGACAUGAUAAUGUCAACAGUGACUACAUCCUUUACGUUAAUGAUGUGUUGGGGGUUGAACACAACAGAAAAUAUUUGGUCUUGGACCUUUUGGGUCAAGGAACUUUUGGUCAAGUUGUGAAAUGUCAAAACUUAAUAACAAAAGAGAUUCUAGCAGUGAAAGUUGUGAAAUCUAAAUCAGAAUAUUUGAAUCAGUCAGUCACUGAGGCUAAAGUUUUGGAAUUAUUGAACAGACAAAUUGAUCCUAAUAAUGAACAUCACUUCUUAAGGUUGCAUGACACGUUUGUGCAUAAGCAUCAUUUGUGUCUUGUUUUCGAAUUGUUGAGUAACAAUUUAUAUGAAUUGUUGAAGUUGAAUGAAUUCCAUGGGUUGAGCAUGACACUUAUUAAAACAUUUUCAAAGCAAUUAUUGGAUUCACUAUGUGUCUUGAAGGACAGUAAGUUGAUCCAUUGUGAUUUGAAACCGGAGAAUAUAUUGUUGGUAAGCAACGAUCGACCUGAUUUAAAAGUCAUUGAUUUUGGAUCUGCAUGUGAGGAAACACGUACCAUUUACACAUACAUUCAAUCAAGAUUCUAUAGAGCUCCAGAAGUUCUUUUGGGGAUUCCUUAUUCUACCGGGAUAGAUAUGUGGUCCUUUGGUUGUAUCGUUGCAGAAUUGUUUCUUGGUAUACCUAUCUUUCCCGGUAAUUCUGAGUUUGAUCAAGUUACAAGAAUCGUGGAAUCUUUGGGGAUGCCACCUGCAUGGAUGUGUGAUAUGGGUAAAAACUCUAAGAAAUAUUUCCAUAAGAUGAAUACCACUGUUGAGAAAAAAUUUAGAAUGAAAACCAUUGAUGAGUUUAACUUGGAGUUUGCUGCUAACGAAGAGUCAGUGAAGAGAUACGUGAAACAUAUAUUGUUCGAUGAUAUAAUUCGUAACGCAAGAAUUUCGAAAAGGAUUUCUGGGAAUCCAGCACUUGUUGAAAGAGAAAUAAAGAACAGGGACUGCUUGUUACAUUUUUUGAGAGGAGUGUUGAACCUCAAUCCACUCGAACGUUGGACCCCACAACAGGCCAUUUUGCAUCCCUUCAUCACAGAAGAACCUUUCACAGGGGAGUGGUACCCACCGGGUACCAUUCCAAAGAAAUCACAAACAGCUCGUAAUCCUUCAUUACAAUUCGACUCUGUAGCGUUGGACAAGUUACAACUUGGCGACUAA